GUUCCGUGCCGUUUCCCAUUCAGGCUGUCGUGGCUGCGAUGAUCUCCCAUUUCCCCUCCCCAUCAUCUCUUGACCACCAUCUUAAUACAUCUUCAAUUUAUCUACCACCAUAAGCUCUCUGAAGAGUCAUGGAUAAAGAGCCGCGAAAAUCGCUUAGUCUGGCCCGUGAAGCAUCGAAGGAGACGGCGACCAAGCCGCUCAUUCUCCUCUGCGACGGGACAUGGUGUGGUCGAGAGACUAACACGAGAACUAACAUUUACAAGCUUGCAGAGAUGGUGGGAAUAAGCAUCAAGAAGGAUAGCACUGAGUGGCAAACCCCAGAAGGAGUCUACUAUAUCGAGGGUGUCGGACUGGGCAGUUCAUUCCUCGAUUACAUUUUCAAUGGAGCCACAGCCCAAGACCUUGCCAACCAGUGCAUCGAGGCCUACGAAUUCAUCGUCCACAACUAUACCUACCCACACCACGAAAUCUGGAUGUUCGGCCUCUCGCGCGGGGCGUACCUGGCCCGAGCAGUGGCUGGCAUGAUCAACAACUGCGGCAUCGUCCACCCGAUAACGACCGCAGGGGGAUCAAUCGAUCGGCAGCAGACGCGCCUGCUCUGCGAGACGGUCUACAAUCUCUACCGGUCGUCGUACACGAUCAACGCGCCGCACUCCGCCCAAUCCCUGCACUUCCGACGCACGAAAUCGUGGCCGCUGGUCGGCGACGAAGACCCCGACAACCCCAAGGCUCCUCGCUUCCUCCCGCCCAUCAAGUUCAUGGGCCUCUUCGACACGGUCGGCAGCCUGGGGAUCCCCGAGUUCACCGGCGGGGUGGGACUGGAUUGGCCGACCUUCUACGACCAGAACGUGUCGACGGUCGUCGCCAACGUGCACCACGCCGUCUCCCUCCACGACCGGCUGUUCAUCUUCCAGCCGUGCCUCGUGAGCCGGAGCCACUCGCACCACUGCGCGCAGGACUGGGACCAGUGCGGCGUCACGCGUCAGGAGUGGCUGCCCGGCGUACACUACGACCUGGGCCGCCAGCGAUUCCGGUUUCUGCGGGAGUUCGGCGGCGGCUGGCUGGAGUCCUUGCUGACGAGGUUUAAGUUCGCGAGUAAAGUCAUCGAGCCCAACCAUGUGCUCGCGGACUUUGCGCUCCGCUGGAUGCUGCUUGCCGUGCAGCAACACCGCUCCGCUGCCUACGAAGUGAUCCCGGACAUCAAUCAGCUCAUUGACAAGGUCACGUUGGAUAUCCACACCCGCGCGCGGGAACCCGGUCGGACUGGCGAUGGUGACGUCUAUGGCCAUAUCCUCGCCUACGCCCCGUUUGGGUCGCUGAUCCUGAACAUUUGGCGGGCCGUGAAGGGCACCCGCGGCCAGGUCUCUUCCAUCUAUCAGCUGUUCUUUGAUCUGCGCGAUCGGUUGAUUCCGGAAGACAAUGCCGUCAUCUCCAAAUUUCGCAGGUUUGACGAGGAUAUCCCGGGUUGUAUUGAGAAUCUGGGCGAGGUUAGUGAGCAGCGGUAUCCUUCGAAGGCGUAUGCGAAAUGGAACUUGAGGCAGUAGUUCGGUGCCGUAGUGGAUAUGGGAAGCUUUUUUUUCUUUGAUAUUAUGGCGAUGGUGGCGUUCGGUUGUUGUGCAAAUAUGACUUCUUUUACCAAUUACCAGUGAAAUCGCAUCAAGGGGGCUCAGCUUGAUGGGGU